AUGAAGCUCUUAUUCUUAAUUCUUCUCACUAUUAGCAUAGUGAGUGCCUGGAGCCCAGAAGACUAUGAAAUCUUCAAACUCAAUGACAAAGUUCGUCAAGUGUUGGGUCCAGAUGUAACUUUUUACCAAUGGUUUAAUUUAACAAGAGGACCGAAAUCAACGCCAAUGGAGAUCAAAAAGGCGUAUAGGAAAUUGUCAAAAACAUUGCAUCCUGACAAGUUCAGCUCUAAUGCUGCAAGAAAGAAAGCGGAAGAAAAGUAUGCUGUCUUGUCAUCAGUCAACAAUAUUUUAAGAGAUGUCUCAAGAAAAGAGAGGUAUGACUACUUUCUCGACAAAGGUUUUCCAAAAUGGAAGGGAACAGGAUAUUACUAUUCCAAGUUUCGUCCUGGGUUGAUUUUGACGGUGAUUGUGAUUUAUAUCCUUGUCGGUGUGUUGCAUUAUUUUGCUUUGAAAAUCAACAGAAGACAGUCGUUCAAAAGGAUUGCAGAGUACAAGAAUCAAAUCAAAAACCAAGCUUGGGGCGGCUCUAUAGUACCACCUUCGGAUGGUUCAGAUAGAAAAUUAGUUAAUGAGGCAAACAAUACCACUUUCAUUGUCAAAAGCACAGGAGAUAUCUAUAUUGAGAACGAUGAAGGACUACAUCUUAUUGACGAGUACGAUAUCAACGUGAAUCCAACAUUCAAAGACACGUUAAUCUUCAAGAUACCAGCAGGGUUGUACAAUUUGACAUUAGGAAAGGUGUUAACACCAAUAAACACAACAGUCACGUAUAAGAAGCCGCAUUCCAGUAAUCAAAAGCAAAGUCAGACAGAACAGGUUAAAAAGAAAAAGAAUAAAGGAAAGAAAAUGGAAUUGCCAAAUGGAACAGUAGUAUAUAGUAGAAAGAAAUAG